UUAGUCCAUGUUAUUGCUAUAAAUUUCAGUAUCUCUGUUAUUCCGGGAACGAACGCUUGAAUGGAAAAACCUUGCAAAGCAAAAACGCCUGAACUUCCACGAAGAGCUAAGGGAUUCUUAGUCAACGCUGAAUUAAGAUUGACACCUGAUAACAAAGGGAUUGGUGUUUUUACUUGUGAAUUUAUUCUCGCCAACACACGUAUUGACGAUCCUCAUUUAAUUUAUUUUGAUGAACAAGAAACGCUCAAGCUUCUGGCUUCGUUACCAAAUGACGAAGCGAGGAGGGACUGGUUGGAUCAUGCUUUUGGAGACGAUGGAAAGGUAGCCGUGCAUAACACACACCUUGACGAUGGUGGCAUGGUUAAUCACUCUGACGACCCAAGCCUAGCAACAAACAAUGAUGAUGGCUAUUCGUACUCAACAAGAGAUAUACAGAUAGGAGAGGAACUAACGGAAGAUUACCGAACUUAUGACCAUGUUCCCUUUUUUGAAUAUCUUUGUGAGAAAUAUGGUGCGAUAGAUUGGUUUCUUAAUAAUAGCAAAGAAAGUAUUUAAUCCAUCUUAAGGUCACUCACAAUGGUUGGAACAUUUUCCAGGACUCAGUUUAUUACAAUGCUACAUUUUUUUAGCUAUUUUGAAGAAUAGCUCAUAUGACGGUGGUGUAAGCGUAUGAAUCUUUGUGGCUUUGUCUGUUCGGAUGUGUUUUGAAGGGGCCAAUAAGGUUGAAGGCACUAUGAGUAAUUAUAAGUAAUUGUUUUCCUGAUACAAGGAUUGUUCAGAUAGCAAAAUCCCCCAAUAUAAAUCCCUUUUUUAAUGUAGAUGACAGCUCUCUUGGUUGUCAUGUAAAUGCCGUGUCAUACAAAAGGUUAGAAAUUCAAGCAUAAACUAUGACAAAAACGAAAAAACCUUUUGAAAUUAAAAUUUGUCAAAAAAAAUACAAGUUUUUAGCUGCUCUAACACUUCAUAAAAUUAAAAACCCAGGAGGACUGAUAAUUCUUUAAUUUUGAAUUUUUUGGUGACGUCAUAUGAUAACCAAGAAUUUGUAUGUACAGUCUGUCUAGCAUAGUAAGACUACUUGGGACUGCAGGAGAGUGCGAACAGCAAGCCUACUUUUGGUAAAACUCGUUUUGCAACAUUAUAAUAU